AUGUCUGGAGUCGAGAUCGCAGGUUUUGUCCUCGCCGGGUUCCCACUCCUCAUUUCUGCUGGAGAGCAUUACCGAGAAGGCUUCGAGCCGUUGGUGAAAUGGAAACGAUUCCGGACAGACUUCAUCGGGUUCAUUGACGCAGUCGACAUCGAGAAACAGUUGUUCGAUCAGCUUUUGGAGCGGUUUCUGAUCUCCGUAGACGUGCCAUAUGAAGAAGUACAAUUGUUCAUGACCAAUCGAGACUAUGAGGGGUGGCAUAGGGAGGACCUGGUUGGCGCCCUCCAAGCUCGACUUGGCCCCUCCUACGACGUGUAUAUGAGCACUAUCAAGACAAUGGAUAGCCUCAUGCACGAAUUGGAGGAAUUGUUGUCGUUGAAGAAUGGCGAGGUAGAGUGGGCGGAGCAAGGAGCCCGCCAGUGGGAUUAUCAGCUCAAAAGAAUCAGACUCAGCUUCUCAAAGAAGGGACCAAAGACCGUGGCAUUGCUGGAGAGUCACAAUCGGAAAUUGCGAGAGCUACUCGACUCGAACGAUAAACUCGACAGCAUGAAAGCAACUCGAAAAGACACCACGUGGGGGGCUGUAUUCGAAUGCAUACGGGGCCAUGCUAGCAGUGUUCACACGGCGAUCAAAAAGAGCUGGAAUUGCAAUUGUACAAAACCGCAUGUUGCAGGUCUCAGGUUGCAGAAACGGGUGACAGGAGAUGAUCCAGAUUUCAACAUGGCAUUCAACAUUCCAGAGGAGGUGCACAAGCCUCCCACCCAUGCACGAGAAGUCAUAAUCAGUAUCAAAAAGCACACGCCAAAGGAAUCCAAAGCUCCACAUACUAGUCCAUCUCCAUCCUCAUCUUCCGGGGAAGUACCUUCUGAAGGGAACUAUAUUGGCAGACUCCGCACAAACUUCACACAAUCCACUCCACAGCUAAACGUGGUUUCUCGCCCGUCACUCGAGGCAUCAUUGUCUGCAUCAUCUUCGCCUUCCCUACAAACACCCUUGAAGGAUGCUUCUUCCAGUGCUGGUUUAAAUCAAUGCAGGUCCAGCAAUAUAAAUAGCAAUGGCACGCAGCUGUCAUUGACCGAUACCAUAUCUAGGAGUUGGCGAAAAGUUAAGCCCAAGAAGACAGUCCAAAUCAAUGUUCCAAUGUCGAUUCAAAUGCCCGUCCAGAUCCCCGUCCGGGUCAAGCCUGCCUGUGCCACAACACAGGUUGAGCUCCAGAUCAGCCACUCAAAUCCUGAUGUGGAAGUAGAGAUCAAGGAUCUUUGUUUGAGACUUGCCGCCAGGGAGCCCUGCCACUGUCUCGGGUAUAUCUAUGAUGAGAAACAACAACAACACAUGCUUCGCCCAGCGCAGGAAGACGAACUAAGGGUCGGAGAGUUCUCAUACAUCAGCCUAGCAUCUCUGCUUCAAGGUCAAAGCGACUCGAGACUGACUAGGCACGAGCGCUACAAGGUCGCCAGUAUCCUCGCAUCGUCCCUUUUGCAGUUGCAAAGUACACCUUGGCUCACAGAAAGGAUAGAGAAGAACAACAUCUUCUUCUGCAGACAAGAAAACAGAAUUUUUGUGGACCGACCAUACAUACGGCAUUGCUUCCCGUCCUUGAAGUCAUCUCAGUCUUGCUCAAAUGCGGGUCAGACCCUAGCACAACUAUCGUUGCGACCUGGAUUCAUGGCCCGCAACAGUCUUAGUAACCUUGGCAUUCUGCUGCUAGAAUUGUGUUUCGGCCAACCAAUCGAGAGUCAGGCUUUCCGAAAAGACUAUCUUGGGCAAGACGGCAAGCCUCACAAUUCAACGGACUACAUGACAGCUGUUUACUGGGCUGAUAUGGUCUGUGAAGAAGAUCCUGCUUUGGAGCAUAUUGUAAAGUGUUGCAUGUUCUGCAUUUUUGAGGAGAAAGCGGAUUGGAACAACAAGAAGUUUACCCAAGCUGUGUAUAACAGUGUUGUUGAACCAUUGGAAAAGAUCAUUGCCAAAUGGGCGCUAUCGUAA